AUAACGAACAGUGAUCAAUCUCAUAACUCCUACAAGCAAUACAAAAUAGAUAGCUGGACACACCAGAGGUGGGAUCAGGUGCCUAGGAGGAGUAAGCAUCCCCUGUUGACCGGUCACACCCGCCGUGAGCCCCAUAUCCUGAUCAGGUAAACGGAGUUAUCCGCAGUCAAAAUCAGUGUGCCAAGAACGGCUUAAAGGACAUAUCUCAUGUUUUCAAAGUAUACAAUAUUACAUGCAUUUUGUCUUCUUUAUGCUUAUAGUAAUUAAUUUUAAUAGUUCGUUCGCCGAAAUUUUGCGAUAAUUAACCACAAUACAGACUUAAAUCUAAGGCCCGAUUUCAAAAAGUCAUGUUAAUUAGGUAGGUAGUCACGUGGUACAGCGACGUCACACACGCCCUUCGGAUUGUGAAAGUACUGCGAGAUAUUAUUAAAAACUCAACUUUUAGGGGCCUAAUUAAUUUACCAUGGGCAACAUUUAAAUCGAUGUUGAUAAAUUGUCCGAGUUUUAUAUGUGUUCGCCACCAGUGCACACAUAUAACGAUGUAACUACCCAAAUAUAGCGAGUAAAGCGUGUAUGAAAUCGGCAAAAUUGUGAGUAAAUAAUGUUUAUAUGGGUCGCUGUCUACAAACUAUUUGGGGAUGUUAUUCGUUUAUACAUCUGUAAUUGGCGCUGUUUUUCUAAAAUAAACAGUGCAAUCAUUAUUUAUUUUUGGAUUAGACAAAUUAUGAUACGUUAAAUUGUUGACAACUAGGCCCUAUGCCAAGCUAUUGUCACGCGUGCAUUUCGGAAAGAAAGAAAAAGACAACACACACACAAAUCAAUAACAAUAUUCAAAUUUAAAGUGGUAAUCACAUUAUUUUAUUUUGAUAAAGCAAUCUUAUGACUAUUUUUGAAUUGUGAUCUGCACGUCUUUAGGAGGUACGAAGUGGGAGCACGGCGUUAUAGCCUACUGACGCACUCAAGAUGCUACGAGUUCAAUAAAGAAAUAAUUUUAUAAUUCAAUUUAAAGUUAGGAAAUACAAUAUUCUAUUAUUUGUAUAAUUAAAAGUUCAAUUAUUUUGUAUCUUUAUUUUUUGUUGUUGUAAAUCUACCAGUUGGUAGAAGUUACAUUGUAUCGUCGAUAUAUGUUGUUACAAGGUGAAGGUCAGUUGAUCCGAGUGUGUAUUGAAUUUGAAGAGCAAAACAGAAUGUAUGCUAUAGGCCUACCAGUGCUUAUAGCUUCGAUAUAUCCAUUUUCUCGCAGUUUAUCAGGGUCUCUGUCCAAGCGAUGUUUGCAAAGGUGACUGGGUGUGUUUUUUUAAGGUAAAGUUCUUGCUCCAACAAAAAAAUUAUCCACGUCUUUUUUCUCGUACCUUCCUUCGAAAAAUUGAAAAAUACUCAGUCUAAAUCCUUUCUACCGACAACUAGUACACCCGAGCACGGCACAAAACAUCUUAAUGCAUUAUUAUUUACAAGCCGUUAACGUGACAAUUGGUUUUUUGUCGAUUAAAUCUAAUCUGUUUAUGAAAUGGCUAAUGGAUGUUUUCAAACCCGAGGGCGCAUAUGACGUCACACAAAAUGUAAACUAGCGAAAGAAAAUAUGCAUAUCACAAGAUUUGAAUUUCAUCGCUUUCAAACUCGAAAACUACGCAAAAUAUUUAAUUUAAAACACAUUUAAAGUAGUUUUAGGCAUAAAAAGAGUUAAUUUUGCUGAAAAAAUGAAAAAGUUUAGAAAAAUGCGUUGUGUCCUUUAACAAUCGGUAUGAAACACGUCAGACAGCAUUUGACCCAAUGCGAGGUUACAUUGACGAACUAGAUCGUUAUAACGACCAUAGAAUUUGCGAAAUGCUGACUUCAAUCGAGACUGUUGAAAUCCCUGUACCAUCAACUUGUUUGUCAGUAGCUUACCUCGAUUUAAAAACUGACUAUACCCAGAACAAGCUCUUGCAUAUCGAAUCAGUUGAGAUAUAUAAACACCAUAUGCAGGUGAUAAUGGAAUAUUGCUACAUAAAUGUGGGAAGUUGACGAUGGAGAAGCUGAAAUCAUCCCGUUUGUCAUACAGUUGAGUUGUCAGUUUGCCGUUAAUGUCUACUUUCAAUAAAAUAUCUAAGUAUGAAGCAGAAGUGGACGACUCUGUGGUGUCCUUUAUUUCGAGCUCACAGGGAUAUAUCAAAUCGACAUAUGAAUGAAAGCUAUCAUUGUUAAUAGACAAAACGUCAUCGAUAUAUCUAAAAGUCGAACUGAAGGUCACAGCGAGAGAUUUUUUCUUCUCACGUAGAAGUUUUUUGAUAAAUUCUGCUUCAUAUGAAUAUAAAAACAGGUCAGCUAACAAAGGAGCACAAUUCGUGCCCAUGGGAAUUCCAACAGACUGUUGGAAGACCUGAUCACCAAAGACCACGAAGAUACUGUCAAUGAGGAACUCUAGCAUAUUUUUUAUUUCAACUUCAGAGUACUUGUGCGUGGAAUCAGAGUGGUGUUUAACAAAGUAAGUUUUUGAAUGACUGAUCACUAGAUAUGAAUAUUUCCGUUUUUGUUGAAGAAGCCACUGUCUAUGAUGUCAAAAAGUCUAGUCUUUAAUUUAUUGUGAGGAAUGGUCGUGUGUAGUGUUGAAAAGUCAUAGGUUUUAAUGCUAUUGAUUUGGGGAAAAUUCUGGGAUUUCAAGUUUACUAAAAGUUCUUUAGAAUUUUUUAGAAUCCACAUUUGAUUAACACCACUUCUGGCAUAUGUAGUUGCACAGUAAGUUUGAAGUUUCUCCUUCACAGCUGUUAACAUUUUCGUGAGGAGCAAAGAUAGGGGCUUGGUAGAGCACUUACUGGAUCCAGCAAUGUAUCUUUGUUUGUAAGGGUUUUUAUGUAGUUUAGGAAUCCAGUAUAGGUACGGUAACUCAUAUUCAUUCGACCCAUUGACUGGGAUAUUAAAUGUGUCUAAAACUGAAGCAUGGUUUUGAAGAAUUUCGUCUUUUGAAAGGGCAGUUGGAGUAUAAGUAUGAUUACCAAAAGUGGAAUUAAUGCCAAGUUCGUUUAAAAUACAGUUGUAAUAAUGAACCUUACAAACAAAGACAAUGUCGUUACUAGCUUUGUCAGCUGGAACCAAAACAUAUUCCUCAUGUAACCUAUCUAAUUCUUUUAUCACUUCUGGUUUACUAAACACAGAAGGAUAGAUGGUACGUGCUUUUGUUUUCAUGUGUCUAAUGCGGGAUUUUGAUAUCCCUCUUAUGCUUUUAACCCAUUCUGACAAUGUAUCAAGUUCUUCUUUUUCAUAUUUAGCCCAUCGUCUGGCAUAAUCUUCGACAGAACUCAUAAUAGAGAUGAAGUUCUGUCGCCAAUUAAAAGACUGAGGUUCUCUGUAUUUAGGACCUUUAAGAAUAAGUGAUUUGAGGUCCUCAUUUUAAACUAUAUCAACAUCACCAGUAAUGACAUGUCCAGCUGGACUGUAGUUGAAAGAAGAUGAAGAACAAGAACAUGUUGGUGGAUUAAGUAUAAGAUGGUCUAUAUCUAAGCACUGCAAAGUUUGUUUAUAAUUAAAAAGUUUGGAUGCAAUAGUAGAAGCAUAGCUGUAGGAAAUACAGGGUGUAGACUUGAACUUGAAAUAAGUUGGAAUACACGACUGAACCCUUUUAUGACGAAGAAUGUUGCUUAUGUUGACGGCAUCUAUUCCUUUGUUUGUAAAUUUGAGCUUAAGGAACUGACGGCAUGAUUUGGAAGGAAUAUCAUCCAUGGUUUAUCAUUCGACAAAAAAGCAUAAAUAUCUUUGUACCGUAUUUGUGCCAUCUAUCCAUUUUUUCAUAUGUCUUGCAAGCACCGGUGUGUGCACUGUUUGCUAGUGACAAAAGACUGGUGACGGUAUUUGCUACGGACAUGAAGGACUAUACACCAGUUUCAUAACAAGUGCAGUCUUUUGACUUUUCCUAGAGAUCAGCUGAGCAUAGUGAAAAUUCAAGUAAAUUAAAAGUCGAAUAUCUUGGAUAUGGGGUAAACCAUAUCUAUUCUUGUUUAUACAUGCACAUACUAUAUAUUUACACUAAUUCCCAGUGCCCGUAAGUCUACUAAAUGACCGGACCAGUCGGGUAAAAUGUCGAUUUACUAGUCCGACUGGUCGUGUUGAAAAAUUUACAAGAAACUUUACUUUAAACCAUAAUAUAUUUUUUUCUUAACUAGAAAUAUAAAUGUAAAGAGUUUGCGAGCAAUUUUGAACCGCGGGAUGACACAAUCUCUAUUUUUAGUUCUAAUAGAUAAAAUCGCGGUCGGAAGUGAUGUUUUACGACAUCUACUCUAUGUGCAUUCGAGAUCGCCGUUCUUCGUACGAGUAUAAAUUCCUGUCGAUCCGAAUACCUUUAUGAGACAAUUAAAUGUUUUUAUUUUUGGUUCAAAUUUAACGUUUGGCAUUUGAAUUAAGUAUCUAAAUAUGUAGAAACUAUCAGUUUUUCUGGAAAGUUGGUCAGGGCUAGUGGAUGUAAGGUCAGGUCUAGUGAAAAUCAUUUUAAGUAGUCCGACUGGUCUAGUGCUCAAAAAAGUAAAUGUCAAACCCUGGAGACUGCAUACCUAAGGUAGUACAUUCUAAACUAUUCCGAACCAGCCAGUACGCUCUAAACUAUUCUGGACCAGCCAGUACGCUCUAAACCAUUCUGGACCAGCCAGUACGCUCUAAACCAUUCUGGACCAGCCAGUACGCUCUAAACUGUUCUGGACCAGCCAGUAUGUAUUAAACUAUUCUGGACCAGCCAGUACAUUGUAAACUAUUCCAGACCAGCCAGUAUGUAUUAAACUAUUCCAGACCAGCCAGUACAUUUUAAACUAUUCCAGACCAGGCAGUAUGUAUUAAACUAUUCUGGACCAGUCAGUACGUUCUAAACUUUUCCGGACCAGUCAGUGCGUUCGAAACUUUUCCGGACUAGUCAGCACGUUUUAAACUAUCCCGGACUAGUCAGUACGUUUUUAACUUUUCCAGAUUAGUCAGUACGUUCUAAACUUUUCCGGACCAGUCGGUACGUUCUAAACUUUUCCGGACUAGUCAGUACGUUCUAAACUAUUCCAGACCAGUCAAUGCGUUCUAAACUUUUCCGGACCAGUCAGAAUAUUCGAAACUAUUCCGGACUAGUCAGUACGUUCUAAACUAUUCCGGACUAGUCAGUACGUUUUAAACUAUUCCGGACCAGUCAGUACGUUUUAAACUAUUCCGGACCAGUCAGUACGUUCUAAACUAUUCCGGACUAGUCAGUACGUUCUAAACUAUUCCGGACUAGUCAGUGCGUUCUAAACUAUUCCGGACCAGUCAGCACGUUUAAAACUAUUCCGGACUAGUCAGUAUAUUCUAAAGAUUUUCCGGACUAGAGAGAAGCUGGUAAAAAGUGUAACGUGGGGACAAUUUUUAACCAUUUGACCUGCGUUAUGAGGACAGGUUUAUUAUAAGUGCAAAUAUAAUCUUACAAUUACAUCCCCAUAUUUAAGAUUAGGAUGGAGACUAGUGUUGUAGGGAUAUGUUCCCAAUGAUAUUCUCUCUCUAAAGCAAUUUUUAUACGCCCGUCUAAGAUGGAACGUAUUAUGUUAUGCUCUCUGUCUCUCUCGCUUCGUUUCUGGCUAAUACUAGUAACUCAAAUACUAUGAGACCUAGAAUCAGCAAAUUUUGUCAGCUGAUACAUCUUGGGUAGAGGGUGGAUGGCACUUUAAAGUUAGUUCUGUGUGACCUUUGAUUAAGAAUAUAUAGCCAAAUAUGGCAAAAUUCUGUCCGACUUGAACUGGACUGAUCUGGAAUCAUCAAACUUGGUCAGUUAAUGCAUCUUAAGAAGAAGGUAUGUACCGCCCUAAAUCAAGUCCACUAUAAUUAAGAUGAUAUGAUCAAUAUAUGACAUAAUCCUAAGCUCCAGGAUUUUACAACUUGGUACAUUUGAUCAUCAUGAUGAGAGGAAGAUGUCUAUUGUUUUUCAAGAUUAAAAGUCAAAGGUCAAGGUUGUAAUACUACAUAGUAGAAAAACCUUGUAGGCAGGCAGGAAAAAACCGAACCGUAAGCUCCAAGAUAUUGCAACUUGUUACAUUUGAUCACCAUGAUGAGAGAAAGAUGCCUAUUGUUUUUCAAGGUCAGAAGUUAAAGGUCAAGGUCGUAGUGUCACUUAGUAGGAAACCCUUGUGGGCAGGAUACAAACCGAACCGUAUGCUCCAGGAUAUUGCAAGUUAGCACAUUUUAUCACCAUUAUGAGAGGGUAAUCCCUAUGGUUUUUCAAGGUCAGAAGUCAAAGAUCAAGGUCGUAAUGUUACUUAGUAAAAAAAAAAAACCUUGUAGGCAUGAUACAAACCGAACCAUAAGCUCCAGAAUAUUGGAACUUGGUACAUUUGAUCACCAUGAUGAGAGGAAGAUGCCUAUUGUUUUUCAAGGUUAGGGGUCAAAGGUCAAGUUUGCAGUAUCACAGUAGGAAGAUCCUGUAGGCAGGAUACAAACCGAACCGUAAGCUCCAAGAUAUUGCAAGUUGAUACAUUUGAUCACCAUGAUGAAAGGAAGAUGCCUAUUGUUUGUCAAGGUCACAGUAUCACUUAGUAGAAAAACCUUGUAGGCAGUAUACAAACCGAACUGUUGGGGCUAGGACAGUCAAACUUUGUACACAUACACUUUAUGCCAAAUGGAGGGUGCCUAUUGUUUCUUAAGGUCAAAGAUCAAAGUCGUAGUAGCAGGAUGCAGACCGAUUCUUUGGGGCAAGGCCAAUCAAACUUGGUACACAUCUUGUGUCAAGUGAAAAUAUUACAUGGAGAGUACAUGAUUUGUCUUGUUUUUACGAUGCAAAGAAAGUAUGUCACAUCUUGACGAUUGCUUUGAUAUUACUUGAAACCAAGUUCUACAAAUCGUGGUGUAAGAAAACACCCUAUAUUAGCUUUUCACGGGCGUGUUAUGUACCAGGGGCGGAUCCAGGAAUUGUGGUUACGGGGGCGCCACUUUAUGAGGCAGUGGGGGUCCAGAGGGCGAAGCCCCCGGAAGCUCCUGGGUUUUACAAAUUUUAUGGGGCUUGAAAUAUUUCUCCUAUUUAGUCAUUUGUACUGUUUGCUAUCAUUUUAAUAAGGUGAAAUUAAUAAAAUGACCCAAAUUGUAAGGGUUUUUUUGGAAAAAAUUUUCCCAAUAAAGAAAUUCAAGAAAUCAAAAGAUUUUGUCAUUUAUUUCUCUGGGAGUGGAGUGUUUGGGCUGUUGUAGAUUUGAACCCUAGAUCAACAAACUUUGCCAAUUUGUGCAUUUGCAGAGAAGUGUAAAUUGCAGCUUAAAAUAAGGUCAUUAAAACUUUUAGAAUAGUAAGUAUUUAAAAAAAAACGUGUAUAUUUAAGGGAGGUAAUCCCUACGUAUCACACUGAUUCUCAUAUAAAACAGCAAAUUGAAACUUUGAAAAGUUGAAAAAUAAACUUUGUAGAAUGUUAAUUUCUAUUAUUUUUAUGUGUUGCUGAUUAUAUCGUAGAUUCUUACUACAAAGAUCUGCAGCUCAGGACGAACAGGAAAAAAGUUAUGGUUUCUAAAAUGGAGUACUAUAAAAUGCCAGAAGUAAUUUACGAGGCCAUUUUGUAUUGUAUUUAGCAUGAUAUAGGAAGAAAACCCAAUAUAAAAUGUUUUAAUGAAAUCAAAAGACAACAUUUUAAACUAUGCAAUCAAAUCAACAUAAACCAACAUUCAAUGACACAUGUAUAAAUAUCUAAUUCUUUUGUAAUCAUGAAAAUUAUUUCAAAAGAAAUAUGUUUUGUCUAAACUUCGCACAAAUUUUUAGAAUAGAUAAUGAAAUAGUUUACUUACAAAGAAUUCUUUUCAUACACUCUUCAAUGCUUUUGCUUCCCGAAUUUUAAAUGAUAAAAUGUAUAGCAUAUCUCUGAAACACUCAGAAAAGGUGUAUGACUUUGAUUUCGCCAUCUGUAAUUUACGAGUCGAUGUCUGAUUAAAUCAUCAAAAUAUUUUAUUUUUGGAACUUUUAGAUAGUAAAUCAAAUAGUAUAUUAUGUAUUUUUGCAAGUAAUAAUCAUUCUUAUACUAUAUAUAGACAUUGAAGAGUACAAAUUUUACAAAUCUACUUUUAAUAAAGAAAGAUAAUUUUCUGUAAUUUACGGGACAAAAAACUUUCUUUAUUGGAGAUCUUUUUGCAGGAAGUAAACCAGAUUUGAUAAAAGUCUGUAUAUCAAUAAGUCAAAUAGAUCUAUUAAAACGUGAAAUCAUUUAAUUACAUGCAGAAAAUAAAGUAUCUUGUGUAGAAUAGAUUUUGUUGUUAAAGAUGUCCGUAUACCUCUAAGUCAGACAUUAACAGGGAAUAAUCGUCUCAUUUAAUCAAAGCUUUUUAUUAUCCAGUCAUUAAUUUGUUAUAUUAUAAAUUAAAAUAAAACAUGAUUAGACCAUACACAAUCCUAAAUAAAAACUAAUCUAAAAAUGGAAACCAUAAACAUUAAGGUAAUUUACGAGGCAGAGCCGUAAUUCACGUGACAUAAUGACAAUGCCAUUUUGUUUACAUCUGCAUGCCUACUCGACCGACAAAUAGUGUUCCAUACAAUAUGAAUAAAUCACAUUAUUGCAUAAUAAGACAAUUUUCUGUUUAGAUACACAAAUAAAUAAAUAUGAUAAUAUAAUACAGUCAGAAAUUAUCCUUUGGCUUUGAAUACAACAUCGUCCCGCCUUUCAACUUUUUUGUAGACUUCUUGGCCGUAUGACGUAAUAAACACGCAUGUUUUUAAAAAUUUAAAAGCUCCCGAUCUCGAUGUAAUUUUUAAAAUAGAUAUUCUUGAUGGAAUAUAGCUAUACUAAAAUUAGGACUCGUAGAUUACGUCCCGUAUAUUACUUUUCUCAACAUAAAACUGUUCAAUUUCCAUAUUUUUUGUUUAUAUCAAAGUGAAUUUUGAUUUUUUAAUUUCUAAACGAUCUAAAGAAAAAACAAACACAAGUAAAUUGUAUCACUUCCAAGUAGUAUGCCCUGUAGGCCCGUCCCGUAUGAUUACAUUCUUAACCCAGCAUACUGACUUUUGUGGAUUCUCGGUUUAGUAACUUUUUUAUUGUUAACAGCUUGAUGGAAAUGUUUAUGAUAUCAAAUAAAAUAGAAAAUAUAUAACUGAUAAGAAUAUAUUCUGCCUCUUUCUGAAGCAUAUAUACGAGAGUACGUAUUGCCGUAACUCUACACCUAGAAAUGCACAUUUUUUCGUAAAUUGUAGCUACAUAACAAUUGAUAAGAAUAAUUAUUUUGUUUCCAACAUUAAUAAUAUAAUUAUAUGCAGUAUUGGACUGCAAAAUUUGCACAGAAUUAAUAAGCACAUCACACUACAGAUAGAGGCAUUGUCUCAUGGGAAUACUGAUCUAAGCCAAGGUGUUUCUGAUUAGACUGUCCAAUUAAGAUUUCAUUUGUCCCUUGGGAGUAAUGAUCUAAGCCAUGGUGUUUCAAAGAGUUCAGCUGAACAUGCAAAGACCAUUUUGAUCAGUGUUAAAAAUUACAUCUGUCCUGUUAAAGAUUAAUUAAUGAGUGUGAUGUAAGAAGGUUAUGGGAAUAAUUUGUCACUCCUUUAGUAAUAGGGGUCAUUUCUUUGUACAAACCAAAAUAACUAAUUUAUACCAUGUGGAAAAAAAAAGAAAUUUCAUAUAAAUCUUGCCACCUUUUUAUUUCACAAUCACAUUGUUUUGGAAGUUUUCUAUCUAAAUUUGUCUGAUUUCUAUAAUUUUAAAAAAUAAUUCUAUUUUCAUCCCGACCCGACCAUGGUACAAACUCUCUACACCAUCGUCAGUAAACAUGCCUUACAACGAAACCCUUUUUCUCAUUCAGUACAACAGUGUAUCAUUCUUGUUAACAAUGUAGAUUAUUAAUAUUUGUCGUUUUUCUAUGGAGUGCCAAAUUAACAUAAACUCAAAUAAUUGAAGAUAUCUUCAAUUAUUUGAAGAUAUCAUCAAUUCAUUUAAUGCGCGCAACAAUUCAAUUAAAGAUCUCUUCAAAUAAUUAAUUAUAUCUUCAAUUCUGAAUUAUUGCGCGCAUUAAUUGAAUUGAUGAUAGUAUUAAUUCUUCAGCUGAAUUGAUGCGCGCUUUAAUUGAAUUAAUGAUCUCUUCAAAUGAAAUAAUGAUAGCAACAAUUGAAUUGAUGCGUGCUACAAUUCAAUUGAAGAGAGCAAUAAUUGAUAUAAUGCGUGCAUUAAAUCAAUUGAUGAGAGCAAUAAUUGAAUUGAUGCGUGCAUUAAUUAAUUUGAGGAGAGCAAUAAUUGAUUUAAUGCGCGCAUUAAUUCAAGUAUUGCUAUCUUCAAUUGAAUUAAUGAUAUCUUUAAUUCAUUUGAAGAGAGCAAUAAUUCCUUUAGAGAGAGAGCGACUAUAUAAUUAAAGAUAUCUUGAAUUCAAUAUAUCCACAAUUGAAUUAAUGAUCCCUUUAAUUGAAUUGUUGCUCUCUUUAAAAGAAUUUAUGCGCGUAUUAAUUCCUUAUACAAAAGCAUUGUAAAUAAUUAAAGAUAUCUUCAAUUGAAUUAAAGAGAUCAUCAAAUUAUUUAUACCGAGCUCUAACUUAAUCACUGCGAGCAAUAUCUCUGCGAAAUUGAUGCUCUCGUCAAUUGAAUUGAAGAGAGCAAUAAUUGAAUUAAUGCGCGCAUCAAAUCUAUUAUUGCUCUCAUUAAUUCAUUUGAUGGGCGCAUUAAUUCAAUUAAAGAGAGCAAUAAUUGAAUUGAUGAUACCUUCAAAUAAAUGAAGAUAUCUUCAAUUAUUUGAGUUUAUGUUAAUUUGGAGCUCCAUAUUUUUCGUGUUGUGUAAUAUUUGUUUAUGUAAUAUAUGUCUCUUGAUAAAGAAGCGGGUUGCGUCGAAAAUUUGAGUUUUAAAUCACCAAUAGUGUCGUGGCCUUUUCAGUGCUUUUAUACAUGUAUAUAUAUAUAUAUAUAUAUAUAUAUAUAUAUAUAUAUAUGUAUAUAUAUAUAUAUAUGUGUGUGUGUGUGUGUGUGUGUGUGUGUGUGUGUGUGUGUGUGUGUGUGUGUGUAAUCGUUUCCCCAACAUGCUGCAUCCACAUGUAGUUUGCAAUCCAUGUAACCUGUAGUUAUUUAAUGUUGUAAACUUUCUUUUUUGAAAUUUCCUUCUUUAUAAGCUGUCUUGCUGUUAUGUCCUCUAGGCCCAAAAUUGGAAUAAACUUAUCUUCUCUCUCUCUCUCUCUCUCUCUCUCUCUCUCUCUCUCUCUCUCUCUCUCUCUCUCUCUACACUGUAUAGUGAACGGUCGAAUUUAUAGGGUUCAGAACAAAAGAAUAUAAAUUACAGAUACAAGCGAUAGAAUAAGAAUUAAAACCCGGAAAAAUGUUCAGUUUACUAUAUUUUUAUAGUACCGCCAUAGAUAGGAGUAAUUCACAUACAAUAUUUUGAAUAUCUUAAUAUCAGUGCCAGUUUCAAUUUGUAAAGGGUGCACUAAGAAAUUACCUAAGUUUUGUUAAGUUAAAUCGUUUGAAUUUAUUGACUGGGGAUACGCUUGCAGUUCAUAGUCUUUCCCAGUCUGACUAGAGAGGCACAAUAUACCAAACUUUGUAAAUUCAAUAUUUAAUAUCGGAGUUGCAUACUGAUAUUUUGAAUAAUGAUAAAAAAAGACGUUUAGACAGUUACUACAUGUAGGUUUAGAAAUGUCUAAUGAUGUUAUUUCACCUUGUAUUUCAAGGUAUGUACCCGGGUAUUCGUCUUUGCCAUGCCAAGAAAUCCCGCCCGGUCUGAAUUCGUUGGCUUCAAUAGGACCAUAUUACAUGCUGAUUAAUAGUAGCCGUCGCUUAUCUCUUAAUUGCGGUCACUGAUUUAUAACGGUUUUUCUAUACCCGAGAUUUUGCUAAGAAUUUCUUGGCAUGUAGUUAUUCUUACAACCAAUACUGAAAAGAUAAUCAUCCAGUAGUCUGGUCCCCGCCACUCCUUGAUCACUCGUUUUGAUGAAGGAUUGGCGGGGGCGGGGACCAGACUAAUCAUCCAGCUGUUUUAUUAUAGAAAUGCAGAGGGGUCUCGGGAACCUGACUAUUUGAAACCAAUUCUGAUCGGGAUCGGAUUUGUUAGAAAUAUUCAUACGCAGUUUAUCAUAUUGAUAAAGGUGGCAUAUAUAUUUGUAAGAGUUCAUACGUGUAAAAUAUAUAAUCGUUCAUAUAGAUUUAUCAUAACUUUUAUCAAUCGUCCAUGUGAAUGAAGGAAUAAGAAUUGUCGAGGAGCUAUAUUUUGGUGCGUAAUUAUCUCACCGAGAAUGCUCCUCGGCACUUCCGGUUGUGUUAAACGUGUUGGAAGUAGGUUAGAACAAAACAUCAUAUGAAAAUGAACAGUUCAUCCUCUGAAGAUGAGAGCUCUUCUGAUGAAGAAUUGAAAGAAGUAGCCAUGAAUCUGAGUGAAAGUAUUUCAAAACAGAUAUCGAUGAAAAGACAAGAACAGUGUGUUGAAAGUUCCAUGUUUGUUUUGGACAGAAGACCACAAAUCGCUGUGCAGUCACCGGGGGAAAAACAAAAGGCAAAAAAUUCACAAAGUAAAGAAGAUCACAAGAGAGCCAAAAAGAAAAAGAACUAUGAUGGUUUAUCAUCAUACAUUCAUUCCAACAUUAAUCUUAUGGAUCCGAAAUCUUUCAAACAAAAUACAUCAAAAGAAGGAACUUCAAGUAAGAAAAAGAAGAAGGAAAUAAAUCAGAAAAGCAAGCCUGACAGUAUUGUACAAGAAAUUAUGAAAAAGAGUGUCAUCACACCAGAUUUUGAAAAACAAGAUUCACUUGAACCAUAUGAAGAAAGCCUAAGGAAAUUAAAACAGAAAAGAAGGAAAGAGCGAGCUCAAACAAAGGGAAAGGGCUGGUUUGGUAUGACAGCACCAGAAAUGACUGAUGAUGCCAAAAUGAAUCUGGAGAUGCUGAAAAUGAGAAAAGCCUUGGAUCCAAAAAGAUUCUACAAGGGCAAUGAUAUGAAGGGUCUACCCAAGUUCUUUCAGUUUGGGAAAGUUGUUGAAUCCGCGGCGGAUUUCUACCACUCUAGGGUUCCAAAGAAGCAACGAAAAGCAAACCUUGUUCAGGAGUUAUUAGCUGAUGCAGAAUUCAGGAAAUUCAAUAAAAGAAAAUAUACGGAAGUUCAAGAGGCCAAAAUGAAAGGAGAUGGACCUUAUAAGCGAAUGAAAAGAGUGAAGAGAAAUAAAAAAAAUAAAGUGUAACCACAUUGUU